AUGGCUACAACCAUGACGUAUCCCUAUCUGGCCAACGCAACUUGGGCAGUACACCGAAAUGGCACGGUCACGAUCGAGUUGCCUCAGUUAGUGACCUUCGUUUGUGACGAUGUCAACCUAACCGCGGCAUCAACAGGACUGAAGACUUGUUCAGAUGAAUGGCUCCAGAGGCUCGAGUCUUGGAUUGAAGCAUCAAGAGCCAAGCUAAACGGAAAGCGAUAUUUGCUAGUUGUGGAGCCGAUCGUAGCGAGAGAGAAGGAAAUCUAUCCAUACUAUUACAUCGUCCCAGAGAAUCAUAUCAUUACCUGGGUAGAGCCAGUGAAUGUCUACCUUCUUUUCCAGGAAUCUAUAGCGUCGCACUGGAACCAUAAAAGACUCGAACUGGAGGCUCAAUAUUGGAAACAUGUCGAAUAUUUUCCUCACGAAAUCACAAUACCCCUCUUGGAAAUAAGAGCUUUGCGAAUUCAACUGAACUGGUAUCAUGUAGAGGAACUUGCAAAAUCUGAUGGGAUCAUGAAGGGACCAGGUGUCGCAAUCUGUGGUCAUCAUGAAUACCUGAACCAUCAUGGCCAACCUGAAGCUCGCUUAAUACGAAUGCACUCACUGGCCAAAAAACGUAGAGACCUCGAAGAUUCUCCCUUCAUGGCUGGCGCUGCAGUCGUUAUGCUUUGGAUUCCAUUAAUGGUCCUCAGAUGCCUUAAAAAGAUUUACGUUGAUGGCCUUGUGAAUGGGGUGGACAUUAGGAGUUUUACUGACGAUUUCAGCGCCCAGGCUAAAGCUCAAGCUACCGUGGCAAGUGUCAUCAUGGCAGUCAAUGCCAGCAUCCUUGCUGUCCCAGGUUUAGGCACACAACUCACCACAAAAAUGAUGUGCUCCAUCUCCUUCGUUCUCAGUUUCUACUGUAUUAUCGGGGGUGCAAUGGCACAACACUUUAGUCACAGACUGCGAUCCCUUGACUUUGUGGUGUAUUACCUACAAGGGAAGAUGGCCAGUCUUGCAAUCAUUGCAAGUAUACCAAGUUUUUUGUAUCUGACGAGUAUGAUUUCCAAGGCUUCCAGUCGUGCUUUGCCUGAUCUUUAUGAGGCUGCAAUUGCAGAACUGGUAAUACCAAGGCGGCAGAAAGUUGAUGGCCCAUGGUGCUCGCACGAGCAUUUUUCAACUCUUGAAUUCACUGGGCUCCGAAAUGCUGGAUGCCUAUAUAGGACUGAUUGCAAGUCAGAAGAACCUUUGAUUGAGAAAAAUUUACGUUUGGACGGUUCUACUCUUUCAGUCUUCGGUCAAUCAGCCUCGCAAGCAGGAAGACCAACAUCCAUCAGUUUGAAUUGUAUUGGCUCCUCAUUUUCUCUGUCAAGUACAUGGGUCACUUCCGGCGUCCAAGAAAAAAAUUUCAAGGCAUUCCAAGCAGAACUGGCCAUGCAGGCAGGGUUGAUGGUGAUGUCCCUUGCUACUAGGUGUAACAAUGCUCACCUGCAUAACCUUGGGCUGGAUUUGCUCAUCUUGCAGGCAAAGCUAUGCCGUGCCCAAGCUGAGAUGGAGCUCUACAUGAUGGCUAUUGAAAAUUCCCAUGUGUGCAGCUUCUGUGAUGGCAGUUUGUCCACAUCCCCAGAUCUGAUUGUUCCACGACAUCUACCUGAGGAAGUAGACCUCAUCCACAAUGACGACAAUGACAAGGAUGAGGAUGAGGAUGACGACAGUAAUGGCACAGGCAGCAAAGACUAUGAUGAUAUCGAUGUUUGGUGA